CAAAUUAGGUCCCACCCAUCAUAACAAGUAUUAUACAUCAAACCUUACUAAAAAAAUUCAAAUAACAGUCAUAAAUUUUAGGUCCGGCCGUCAUUGAAACUUUUAAAACUCUGAAGUAAUCACAAUCAUAAAUAUUAAGUCCCAUGGUUAUUGAAACUUUUAAAACUUUUAAAAGUAAUCACAGUCAUAAAUAUUAGGUCCAACUCGUAAACUUUUAAAACUCUAAAGUAAUCACAGUCAUAAAUAUUAGGUCCAACCCGUAAACUUUUAAAACUCUAAAGUAAUCGCAGUCAUAAAUAUUAAGUCCCACUGUCAUUAAAACUUUUAAAACUCUAAAGUAAUCACGGUCAUAAAUAUUAGGUCUCACCCGUCCUUGAAACUUUUAAAACUAUAAAGUAAUCACUUGUCAGCGGUCAUAACACAACACAGCCUCUAACCCCAACUUCUCACAACCUUGUCAACAUAAACAACAAAACUCUUCCAAAUAUCAUCGAUCAAAAAAUCCGAUCGCUUCACCACCUCCGAGGAACAAAUAUGGACAAACGCGACGAAUUUCAACCCCUCACAAUUCUGAUCACAGGAGUGAGCAGAGGGUUGGGGCGAGCUUUAGCGCUAUCAUUGGCAAAGCGCGGCCACACUAUCAUUGGCUGCGCUCGUACUCCCAACGCCCUUCACUCUCUUCAAAAGGAACUCGCCGCACUCUCCCCUUCCUCUUCUCACACCCACUUACUCCAAAUCACCGACGUGGCCUCAAAUGGUAGCGUUGAGGAGCUAUUUAAGGCUGUCUUGGAAAGAGAUCUUGUUCCUGAUAUCCUUGUAAACAACGCCGGUGUGAUUAAUGAAAACUCCAAGUUUUGGGAGAUUCCUCAACAUGGGUUUGAUUGUGUGAUUGAUACGAAUGUAAAAGGGACAGCAAAUGUUCUUCGUCAUUUCGUUCCUCUUAUAAUCCAAGGAGGAAAAGGAAUUAUUGUUAACUUCUAUUCAAGGUGGGGAAGAGAUGGUGCUCCCAUGUGCCUCUAACUGGGCAAUUGAGGGCUUGACCAAAUCCAUAGCUUUGGAGCUGCCUAAAGGAAUGGCUAUUAUAGCACUUGAUCCUGGUAUUGUGAACACAGACAUGCUUGCCUUUUGCUUUGGCGAUUCAGCAGCUGACUACCAAAAUCCUGAAGAAUGGGUAGUAAAGGCGAGCACAAUGAUCCUUAGUUUUACAUCUAAGGAUAAUGGAGCGUCUCUCACGGUUGAAUGAGGUGGAGCUUGAGUGAUGAACUUGUGUUUUGAGGAAGAAUUUGCAGAAAUAAAGAUCUCUUAAAGAACAUUAUUGCCAAAUUUUAUAGAUUAUAUUUCUAAAUUGUUUUCUUAAUAAGUUUGUGAAACAUAUACUUUGAUUAUGAUUAGCUUAUGACAUGUGAGAUACCUUCAUGUAUCAUGUAUUAAAAAUAUGAAUGAAAAACUAGGAAUAUAUAUGUA